AUAUUUGUUUUUAGAUUGACUAAAUGUUUAUUGUUUAUAUUUCAAGUUUACUUAAAUGAUACAUUUUUAACAAAAAUCAUUAAAGUAGAUUUUGCAGUGUCAGUUGCAAUGGUAGUUUGAAUAAAUAACACUAAUAAUGAAAAGGUGUCAGAUAUUAAUAGUGUGCGUGUUUUGGUUGAAGACAUCUAUAUCUACACCUGUCCAUGAUGAAUAUUCAGCAUUUAAUACUUUCCAAGAUGUCAUACUUAGAAACGAGGAAAUAGAAUCUCUUAAUGAACCUCUUCUAAGUCUUCAUAAUGCUAAUCCUGAUUUAACCUCAAUCUGCUGGGCCGAGUCUCUUAUCAUCACUGAAAACAAACACACCAAAAAUCAAACAAUAUCCAAAGCGUAUUCCAUUCUAUUAGACACGCCUGGAAAUUUACAAGACCUUCCAGCAAACAGUGAAAACUCUUCUUGUUACGAGGUCUUAGAACAAAACACUGACCAGAAAAAGGUUUUGAACUUUACUACUGUUAAAGAGAGCGGGGAUUAUAUCAUAAAAGAGCAUAAAACGUUGUUUUGUGGAGCAGGACCAAUACUUUCACACCAUUUCAUCGUUUGGCCCAAAUUAAAAAGAAAGCAAAUCGAAAUUAGCAUAAAUCCUUUGGGAAAAUCUAAUUUAAGAAAUUGUAGUGAUAUAGAGGAUAGCCAGCAGUUGGAGUCUGAAGACACUAACAAGAUGCUUGGAGAAAGAACCAGAAGCGUUGCUGAUGAAGAUGAAAUUGUUGGUAGCCAACAUACACCAAACAAGGAAAUUACACAAGAGGAAUCAGCCUUACCAUAUCCUAUACCUCAAAUAAAACAUUCGCACUCAAAUGAAGACAUAUUUGAAGAAGAAGUCACAACUAAAAAAAUCGGCGCGAUGCACGGAAACAAAGAAACUGUUGUAGCACAAGCAUCUCCUCCAGAUAAUAAAAGCAAUAAGAAACAGGGACCUGCUCCAACAGUUAAAAACUCUUUAUUGAUGCGUGAUAUCAAUUGCACUGUUGACGAAUUGGGUGUAUGUAAGUACAUGAUAGAAAAAGGUAAAAACUGUACGGGAUCUGCGAAUAGUUCCAAAAUCGUUCUUGGAAAAUGGUUUUUUCCUGACGUUGCUCUGGCUGAACCUUUGGAUAAAGAACGCACUUUCAUAUUGAAUAUUAAGCUGAUUGUCAACUUGAAGGAAAAUACUACUCACAAUUAUGAAGGCAGCAUGGAAGAUGAUAUAAAAAAUAAAGAAACUGAAUUGGUAGUGGAAGAAGAAUGUCUUUAUGUUAUACCGAAAAAGAAUAAAGCGAAGAGGUGGUCCAAUAAGAUACCAAAAAAUUAAAAUUAACAUAUUUUUUAAAGUUUUUGUGUUGCGCUAAAGAUAAUGUAAAC